ACGCAUCGCUCGCCAAAGUUACUUCUGAUCAGGUUUCACAACGAUAUCACUGGAGCUAACAGUAGCAGUCACCUAGAAAGCGAAUUUAACGUCAGCCCAGCUGCGAUUGGACAGUAGCUCCGAUUCUCUGUUACCGCCUUUCUGUCAUAGUUUGGCCAUAAUAUACAAUGCAAUAAAAUAUGUAAUUGCAUUACGUUAACUUGGUUAAGUUUGGUCCCAACUGAACAGUUGCUAACUUAGUAGACACGCGGGAUGAUCGACACGGAUGAGCCCACGGUGGUGGACGAGGAGAUGCUCCAGCAGGCGGUGGAGGAGCAGGGUCCAAAGGGUCAGGCGGGAGUCAUAGCCAAGCAGGAGACUAUCGAGCUGAAGGACGUACUGCACUUACGCCUGGAUUACAGACACAUCCUGAAGAUUGACCACUUGUGGCAGUUCACCUCCCUGACCAAGCUACAGCUUGAUAACAACAUUAUUGAGAAGAUUACAGGACUGGAAUUCCUCACUAACCUGGUGUGGCUUGACCUGUCAUUCAACCACAUUGAGGCCAUUGAGGGCCUGGAAGCCCUGGUGAAGCUGGAGGACCUCAGCCUGUCCAACAACAGCAUCUCCACUAUGGAGAACAUGGACACCCUGGUCAACCUGCAUGUCCUGUCCAUCUGCAACAACAAGCUGACCCAGUUGGACAAUGUGAUCUACCUGCGCAAGUUUAAGAAUCUGCGCGCCCUGAACCUGGCGGGUAACCCCGUCUCCACAGAGGAGUGCUAUAAGGAAUUCAUAGCAGUCUACCUGCCAGAUCUGGCUUACCUGGACUUCCGCUUACUCAAUGAGCAAACUAGGGAGGAAGCUAUGGCAAAGUAUCAGUAUGCCCUGGAGGAGCUGAUCCACAACGAGACCCAGGAGCUGAGAGUCAUAGAGGCCAAGAACCAGAAGGAGGAGGAGCUGCAGCAGCACAGAGAGGCCUUUGUGGACUUGCUGAAUGGUUCUCAGCUGUUUGAAGGCAUGUAUGCAGACGACACCGAGGCUGAAAGGCUGGCAUACCUCCCUGGAGUGCCCAUGCUGGUGGAUGCCUACCAGAACCAGAUGGUGGCGCUGUGUGUGCAGCUGUUUGAGCUGGGCCUGGUGCAGAAGCGUGCACGGGAUGAGGAGGUGAAGUGCUUCUUUGACUGUUUCCACGAGGCCGUGGAAGACAACCAGCAGGUGGCGUCAGAGAUAAUUGUGGACUUCGAGAAGGCGAGGAGAGAGAUGCUGCUGGAGAUGCAGAGGAUGAUGGACCGGGAAGAGCUGCUGGCGCGGAUAGGGCAGGGCAGCAAGGAGACCUGCGACCUCCACGACGAGCUCAUGACCCUGGAGCUGCAACUGGCCGACCAGCUGGAGGAUGUGGUGAAGGACUUUGAGAGGAACAUCUCUGACAUGGUGGCAAGCUUCAUCGAGGCCGCACAGGGCAUCUUCGCUCAAUGCCGCGACCUGGAGAACAUCCACAACGAGAAGCUCCUGGAGAUCUCCAUGGCGACACUGGAGAAGGUGGCCAAGAACGAGCUGGAGGAGGAGUCUCAGGACGAGCUGCGAGCGCUAUUGGUGGAUAAAGACACUGUGAUGAGUGCCAUUGGUGCCUCCCAUGACACUCACCUGCUGAAGAUCGACAAUCGGGAAGACGAGCUGGUGACUCGGAUUAACAGCUGGGUGGCAUCCCUCAUGAAAACGAUUCACCACGACGAGGUGGCCAGGAACCGCAAGCGAAUCGCAGAGAUUCAUAACUACAUUGACAACGUGAAGGAAAAGCUGGAUGACUUGAAUCCUUCCUAAGCUCCCUAAGAGAUAGGGAGACAGGGUCCUGUCACUAAAUCACUGUCCCCUUCAUAAAAUGUAGUCUUUAUACACAUAUUUAAGGUUUUGAGACACCUUGUUCAGCUCAACCUUUAAAACUGCGGUUUCAGUGUGACUGCUAUAGCUUUGUAAUUCUGUAAGGGGGAUUCUCCUGUGCUGGUAAAGUCUUAAUGCACUGCAGUGUACUAGCUGUGUUGUGAGGGCCUGAUCUAUGUCUGUUGUAUUACUUGUUUGGUAAUCACACUUGUGGAAAUGAUAUUGUCCGUACAUUUCGGCUUCUGUAACAUUUUCCACAGCCAUGAGUUUUGCUGUCUGAAGUUAAACCUGAAAAUGUCCUUGUGUGAAAUACAUUGAAUCAUAAAUA